GUCAACACCCGUCACAGUGGUCACGGUGUCAAGUGAGUCUGCAGCACCUUCAAUUUCUUCUACAGUAACUGGGCAGACGACCAAUCAAAAUAGUUCACCUACAAAUGGCCAGACUAUGCCAGUCACCAUGACAGGUCCAUCUAUGCAACCGUCAACAUCUUUUACCUCCCUGAAUACCAUUGAAACACCAACCACUCCAAAGACAGACUCUACAGAAACACCCACUGAAAGUCCUUCGAUUGGCACAGUUUCCUUACCAGUAGUUCCUUCCACAUCUACCAGUGAAUCAACAGUGUCACACAAGUCUACCACAGUUCCAGUAAGUGAGGGAACCUCACAGGAAACCACAAUGAUUACAUCUACUGGUCAUUUAACACCAUCAGCAGAGACUUCUGUGUCAACACCCGUCACAGUGGUCACGGUGUCAAGUGAGUCUGCAGCACCUUCAAUUUCUUCUACAGUAACUGGGCAGACGACCAAUCAAAAUAGUUCACCUACGAAUGGCCAGACUAUGCCAGUCACCAUGACAGGUCCAUCUAUGCAACCGUCAACAUCUUUUACCUCCCUGAAUACCAUUGAAACACCAACCACUCCAAAGACAGACUCUACAGAAACACCCAGUGAAAUUCCUUCAGUUGGCACAGUUUCCUCACCAGUAGUUCCUUCCACAUCUAUCAGUGAAUCAACAGUGUCACACAAGUCUACCACAGUUCCAAUAAGUGAGGGAACCUCACAGGAAACCACAAUGACUACAUCUACUGGUCAUUUAACACCAUCAGCAGAGCCUUCUGUGUCAACACCCGUCACAGUGGUCACGGUGUCAAGUGAGUCUGCAGCACCUUCAAUUUCUUCUACAGUAACUGGGCAGACGACCAAUCAAAAUAGUUCACCUACGAAUGGCCAGACUAUGCCAGUCACCAUGACAGGUCCAUCUAUGCAACCGUCAACAUCUUUCACCUCCCUGAAUACCAUUGAAACACCCACCACUCCAAAGACAGACUCUACAGAAACACCCACUGAAAGUCCUUCGGUUGGCACAGUUUCCUUACCAGUAGUUCCUUCCACAUCUACCAGUGAAUCAACCGUGUCACACAACUCUACCACAUUUCCUGUAAGUGAGGGAACCUCACAGGAAACCACAAUGGCUACAUCUACUGGUCAUGUAAUACCAUCAGCAGAGCCUUCUGUGUCAACACCCGUCACAGUGGUCACAGUGUCAAGUGAGUCUGCAGCACCUUCAAUUUCUUCUACAGUAACUGGGCAGACGACCAAUCAAAAUAGUUCACCUACAAAUGGCCAGACUAUGCCAGUCACCAUGACAGGUCCAUCUAUGCAACCGUCAACAUCUUUCACCUCCCUGAAUACCAUUGAAACACCCACCCCUCCAAAGACAGACUCUACAGAAACACCCACUGAAAGUCCUUCGGUUGGCACAGUUUCCUUACCAGUAGUUACUUCCACAUCUACCAGUGAAUCAACAGUGUCACACAAGUCUACCACAGUUCCAGUAAGUGAGGGAACCUCACAGGAAACCACAAUGGCUACAUCUACUGGUCAUGUAAUACCAUCAGCAGAGCCUUCUGUGUCAACACCCGUCACAGUGGUCACGGUGUCAAGUGAGUCUGCAGCACCUUCAAUUUCUUCUACAGUAACUGGGCAGACGACCAAUCAAAAUAGUUCACCUACAAAUGGCCAGACUAUGCCAGUCACCAUGACAGGUCCAUCUAUGCAACCGUCAACAUCUUUUACCUCCCUGAAUACCAUUGAAACACCCACCACUCCAAAGACAGACUCUACAGAAACACCCACUGAAAGUCCUUCUGCUGGCACAGUUUCCUCACCAGUAGUUCCUUCCACAUCUACCAGUGAAUCAACAGUGUCACACAAGUCUACCACCGUUCCAAUAAGUGAGGGAACCUCACAGGAACCCACAAUGACUACAUCUACUGGUCAUUUAACACCAUUAGCAGAGACUUCUGUGUCAACACCCGUCACAGUGGUCACGGUGUCAAGUGAGUCUGCAGCACCUUCAAUUUCUUCUACGGUAACUGGGCAGACGACCAAUCAAAAUAGUUCACCUACAAAUGGCCAGACUAUGCCAGUCACCAUGACCGGUCCAUCUAUGCAACCGUCAACAUCUUUCACCUCCCUGAAUACCAUUGAAACACCCUCCACUCCAAAGACAGACUCUACAGAAACACCCACUGAAAGUCCUUCGGUUGGCACAGUUUCCUUACCAGUAGUUCCUUCCACAUCUACCAGUGAGUCAACCGUGUCACACAACUCUACCACAUUCCCUGUAAGUGAGGGAACCUCACAGGAAACCACAAUGGCUACAUCUACUGGUCAUGUAAUACCAUCAGCAGAGCCUUCUUUGUCAACACCCGUCACAGUGGUCACGGUGUCAAGUGAGUCUGCAGCACCUUCAAUUUCUUCUACAGUAACUGGGCAGACGACCAAUCAAAAUAGUUCACCUACAAAUGGCCAGACUGAGUCUGCAGCACCUCCAGAUGUGUCUACAACUUCUCUGGUAACAGGAAUGACCACCAGUCAAAAUAGUUUAUCUACAAAUGAACAUACUUUGACAGUCACCAUGACAGGUCCAUCUAUGCACUCACCAUCUUUAACAUCUGUAAAUACCAGGAGAACUUCAGCUUUUACAAACACCCAGACUACAAAACCUUCCACAUCAAUGGCUUCAACUUCAGCAGAAAUAUUUAGCACUGCCAUAACACUCAAUUAUUCAACAACUGUCAGUACCCCUCUCUCAAAUGCUACCCACACUUUGGAAACUCUAUCUACAACUCCCCCCUGUACAGACAAGGACUGUCAGUGCAUUGGCGGUACCUGCAUAUUUAACACCACACUGGGUAAAUGUCACUGCCAGUGUCUUGAGUUUGUGUUUGGGGACGUCUGCUCAUAUGGAGUCAAUGACACCUCUGUGAAUAUCAAUACUGGAGUAAUACCAUCUCGAAAAUCUCAUUUUAUUUUGGAAAUUCUGACAACUUUUCUGCCGGCUUUUAACAAUUUAAGUUCACCACAAUCAGUGCAGUUCAUCAACACAUUAGAACUGGAGAUUGCCGCUUUGUGCAAAGAAGCAGAUGCACAAACCUUUAAAAAAGUACAAGUUGUCAAGUUAUCGAAUGGAAGUGUGGUUGCUGAGAGUUUGGCAGAAUACACUUAUCCAAACAAUGAAACUCAAAUCCAGUUUGUCAACACUCAGCUUGAAGGAGUAUUAAUAAGAAUUCUAAAUGACACAAACAACCUUAAUAGGAUUUCUCAGGCUUUUAAUAACAGCGGUGUUAAGCUAAAUGGAGUCAGUUUCGAACAGCCUGUUAUUAACAAUAUUACUGAGCUAAGGCCCUAUGUUAACUGCAGCUACUUUGCUAAUUACACGGCUGUGAUUAGCAAUGGUCAUUGGCAGUGCGCUGGGCCUUGCAAAACAAAUCCUGAUUACUGUCACCAGCAUGGACUGUGUCUAAAUGACAUUUUUGAAGGGCCUAUCUGCAGAUGCUUCGAGUCCAGCUUCAAACAGUUUUAUGGCCCACAGUGUGAACUCUUCCGUUGGGGCCCAGGUUUCUAUGCAGCUCUGUUCGGAUCCCUGGCAGCAGCACUUGUGCUCUUGAUUGCAAUCAUCACUGCUGUCGUUAUCAAAAAGAAAUAUGUAAAUGUUUGGAAAAGGAAGAAUUCCUUUGACAGAAGAUUCACAGCUUUUGACGAGGUUUUCUUUGACUUCUCUAAUACAGAAUAUCCAAACUUGGGAGUGGCAGGCACUUACAUGCCACAAGGUCCAACACCACAUCCAGAAAAUGUUACCUAAGGCAAGGUCACAAGCACGCAGCUGCACUGCAGAGGAAAGAGAAGCAAACUUAGCUACUGUACUAUGUUUUGCAAAUGAAACACUAGGUUUAUUGAUUAUACACUGCUUUAUUUAUGAUUGUAUUUAUAUUAUGUGUAAGUCAGUCAUUUUGUGCCCUCAUGUUGAAAUAAACAUGAACAUUUAUACUCCAUUCUUCCUGAGUCCAGUUACAGACAUUUGGCUUUUCCCAUUUUGCAUUUUUAAAAAAAAAUUAAAUGUCAUGAUUCAUUAGUAGUCCUCAAGUUCUGAACGUACAUUUGCCAGGACCCCUAUAAUGGCUACAACUUUAUUUUGCAUGUAAGGGAUGAUUUCCAAGUGCCAAAAAGUCCUUUACCAGCACCGAAUUCCACUUAAUUUGAUGGAGAAGCUUCAUUAGUUGUGUUUAGCUUUUAAUUGAUCAACAGUGUUAUAACUGUGAUAACCAAAGUUUAAAACAAAAUAAAGUUUGUUUCUUUGAACUAAAUAUGAGUGACAUAGAGUUUGAUGCUAAAUAGUUUGAGGCUUAGGACUUGUAUCAUCCUAUAGGACGUCACCUACACUUGAUUUAUUGCUUUGUAUUGACUUUGUAUUUUUACUAUUGUCUUAGUGCUUCUGUCACUAGAUGGCAGAUGAACACUUGUUUAAUUCUGUGGCGUCUUUACAUAAUGGGAAGUGAGGAAGGUGGUUAUGUGAACAAAGUCCAGGAGAAUGAAUUCAGUUACGGUCUUUAGGGUGGAUGACAAUGCUUCGUGGUUUAGUUAAUCUGGUCACUGACACUCUAUUGUAGGCCUGAACUGUGUGCUGGCAGCAACAGCAAUAGCUAUAAUAAUAAAACAAUAUUACUUAUUUCAGCCAGUGUCAACAGUUCUACUUUUAUUGGUAAGAUAACUUUGGUGCUACUGCUGUACAGUAUGUUGAUGAACAUAUCUCCCAUGAUCGCCCAGAUAAGAAAUGAAAGGUUUGAGGCUUUUUUUGAACGAUUGAUGGCUCUUUGGCUCCGCCUAGAGGGUGAAGACAGAACAUACACCUGUGAACACUUUCUUUUCUUGAUGAACUGUAUUUUCUAGUGUGUUGUAA